AUGCUAUGGCAGAAUUCCGAGGGGAUUUUCAUCAUGACCAGCCUUAGAUAUAUCAGAGCCAAUGGGGCUAUUCAGAACACGGGUGUUCCAGGUUUUAGCGGUCCUGCUGGUAGGAAUGGGGCUCCGGGUGAAAAGGGUGCCCCUGGUGAACGAGGUGGCCCCGGCAGUGCGGGACAAAGAGGAAGUCCUGGUGAACCCGGACGUGAUGGAUCUCCAGGGCUUCCAGGAAUGAGAGGCUUAACCGGAAGUCCAGGAAGCCCAGGAUCAGAUGGAAAACCAGGCCCUUCCGGCUCUCCAGGAGAAUCUGGGCGAAGUGGACCUCCAGGCCCAGCAGGCCCACGAGGUCAACCAGGUGUGAUGGGUUUCCCCGGUCCAAAAGGUAGUGAGGGUUCACCUGGUAAAAAUGGAGAAAGAGGAGCACCUGGAAGUCCUGGUGGACAGGGACUACCUGGAAAGGACGGUGAAGGAGGAGCUCAAGGUCCACCAGGACCUGCCGGUCCAGGUGGUGAGAGAGGGGAACCCGGAGGUGUAGGCCCACCUGGUUUCCAGGGACUGCCUGGAACUCCUGGACCACCUGGAGAGAACGGAAAACCUGGAGAAGCGGGACCGAGAGGAGAAAUUGGAGCCCCGGGACUCCCAGGAGGAAAGGGUGAAAAUGGCGUCCCAGGCGAACGUGGCGCACAAGGUCCUCAAGGCCCUGCAGGAGGUAGAGGUGGAGCGGGCCCUCCGGGACCAGAAGGCGCAAAGGGUCCUGGCGGAGGAACUGGAAGUCCUGGACCCAAGGGAGAAAAGGGAGAGCCUGGUUCCAGAGGGGGUGAUGGCAUGCCUGGUAAAGAUGGUGGAAGGGGUCCCGUAGGAUCCAUCGGACCCCCUGGUCCAGCUGGCCAAUCUGGUGAUAAGGGAGAGCCCGGUUCAGCCGGACCUCCUGGCCCAACAGGUCCUCGUGGUGGCCCCGGGGACAGAGGAGAACAUGGGCCCCCUGGUCCUGCUGGCUUCCCUGGAGCUCCUGGACAAAAUGGAGAGCCUGGUGGAAAAGGAGAAAAAGGCCCUGCUGGUGAGCGAGGCGAGCCGGGCCCCGCCGGACCAGCAGGUCCCCUUGGAGGCCCCGGAGCACCUGGUCCCUCUGGUCCACAAGGAACCAAAGGAGAGCGUGGAGGUCCAGGUCUUCCAGGUCAGGCUGGCUUUCCUGGUGCUCGCGGCUUACCCGGUCCACCUGGCAACAAUGGCAACCCUGGACCACCUGGCCUUGCAGGUCCAGGAGGCAAAGACGGACCUCCUGGUCCCGCUGGGUCCACUGGCCCUGCUGGGUCCCCAGGAGGUGCUGGUCCAAAAGGGGAACCUGGCUCACCCGGUGAAAGAGGCCCAGCAGGUGCACGAGGAGAACCGGGUACAUCGGGUCCUUCCGGAAUUAUAGGCAUCCCCGGACAACGUGGUACUGCAGGAUUGCCAGGCAUGAGAGGAGCCCCAGGACCUGUUGGUCUACCUGGUAUCAAGGGUGAAGAUGGAAAACCAGGAUCCAACGGCAGCCCAGGAGAACGAGGCCCACCAGGUGCACAGGGUCCUCCUGGACUUAGUGGAACACCUGGAGAAUCAGGCAGGGAUGGUAACCCUGGACAAGAUGGCGUGCCGGGCCGUGAUGGAUCUGCAGGACCAAAGGGUGAUCGAGGUGAAAAUGGCUCCCCUGGUGCACCGGGGCUUCCUGGCCAUGUUGGCCCCCCGGGGAAUGCUGGUCAACCUGGAAAAGCAGGUGACAGAGGAAAUCAAGGUCCUGCUGGUCCUGUUGGCCCCUCUGGCCCUGCUGGCAUUCGUGGUGCUCCUGGCCCCAGUGGUCCACGCGGCGAUAAAGGUGAAGCUGGAGAACGUGGCCUCAAUGGAAUCAAGGGUCAUCGAGGAUUCCCUGGUAAUCCAGGACCUCCUGGUUCAGUUGGUGCGAUGGGCCCCCAAGGUCCAAACGGAAGCCCAGGACCUGCCGGAGCAAGAGGCCCCCCUGGACCUAAUGGCCCUCCCGGAAAGGACGGCACAAGUGGCUACCCUGGCCCCAUUGGUCCUCCAGGUCCCCGUGGAACCCGAGGCGAAGCCGGAACAGCGCAAGAAGGAGAGUACUGGAUCGAUCCUAACCAAGGUUGUAAACUGGAUGCUAUUAAAGUGUUCUGCAAUAUGGAAACUGGUGAGACAUGCAUCAAUGCCAACCCCAGAAGUAUUCCGCAGAAGAACUGGUGGACAAGCCCAGGACCAGAAAAGAAGCACGUUUGGUUUGGAGAGUCCAUGAACGGUGGCUUCCAGUUCAACUAUGGUGACCCCGAGCUCCCAGAAGAAGUUGCAGAUGUCCAGCUGGCAUUCCUUAGGAUCCUCUCCAGUCGAGCCUCACAGAACAUCACCUAUCACUGCAAGAACAGCAUCGCUUAUAUGGAUGAGGCCAGCGGGAACGUGAAAAGGGCCCUGAAGCUCAUGAGCUCCACCGACAGCGAAAUCAAGGCAGAAGGAAACAGCAAAUUCACAUACAGUGUGCUGGAAGAUGGAUGCACUAAACACAGCGAUGAAUGGGGCAGAACAGUCUUCGAGUACCGAACACGCAAGACAAUGAGGUUGCCCGUGAUAGAUAUUGCACCCUUCGAUAUUGGCGCUCCCAAUCAGGAAUUUGGUGUGGACAUUGGCCCAGUUUGCUUCUUAUAAAACCAAGAAUAAUGCUCAUUCCGAACCCCAACAAACCAAUUCACGCUCCAUCUUUGCUCUUCUCGUUUUAAACCUUAUCAACUAGUAGAACCAAAUCAACUUUGUCCCAGUUAUUUAUUUACCAAAAUUCUGGAGGGGGGAAAAGAAGAGAAAGAGAUAAAUUGACGUAAAGGGUUACCAUUUUCUGACUCCGCUCGUACAACAAAAACGCCAUUUGCUCUGUUUUCUUUCACCCAAAUCCCACUUCCAAACAAACAAACAAACAAAAUAUUG